GUAGGUUUCCGCAUUGUUCAUGUCUGCUUUAUUGUAGCUGGUGAUAAAGAGAAUACGUUAAUACGUUAAAACGUAGAAAUUUCAGAAAGGAAGCUGUCCAUGCCAAGCCUAGCGUUGCUGCUGUGUCCGUGUGUUGUCGCGGUAGUGGUGCACCUCUGGAUGGUGAUAAACAAAACCGCCUCGUUUCUGGACCUCCUGCAUACAGCAGACCAACAGGUCCAUUCUUGUGAAGUUCUAGUGGGAGUACUUUCAGCUCGUCAUAACUAUGAUCUCAGAAAUGCAAUAAGGAAUACCUGGCUUGGGCACCUGAAGCAGCAUUCGGAGUUGCAACACCGCAUUCUUGUGAAGUUUAUUGUUGGCACAUAUGGCUGUGAUAUACCAGAGGAGGAUAGGGAAGACACAUAUUCAUGCAAGCUUCCUAAUCUCACUCUUCCAGUGAUCGGGCAGGAAAUUGAGGCCGUGAGUGUGCCUGACGAAAGUGCUUACAUCCCCUCAGAGGCUUCUGUUGUCAGUGUUGAAUUUAAAGUCCAUCACACCAUAGUAAUCAGCCGGCUUGGGGUAUUCCCAGAUGAAAAGGAUGUGGCUUUCAGAAGAAAUGUCACUGUCAAACUUUACCAGCUGGAGCAAGAGGAAGCUAUCAUUACUGCUCGGUUCAGUCCCAUCAGUUUUGGAGUCAGUAUCAAUGGACUGUGGUACAAACCUGUGGAGCAGUUCAUUUUGCCAAAGGGAUUCGAAGGCACGCUUGUCUGGGAAAGCCUAGACUCUGAGGGCCUCAAUACAGCAGAUGUCACUGGUGUUACAUUUAACAGUGGAGGUGGUGUAUUGAGAAUUGCCACACUUGAAGAGGGCGUCUUACCACACCGAAGUACCCAGGGCAUUCCUGGACUGGCUGGAGGAUUUACAUACACUAUAUACGAAGCUGAAUCGCUGUCCGAGUUGUUAAAAGGGCGUCCGGAGCGGAUGAGAAGUCACUCUGCUGUACUGAGAGAGGAGGACGCGUUGCUGGAGGAGGAGAGCCGCACACAUCAGGACAUUGUUUUCGUUGAUGUGAUCGACACCUACAGAAACGUGCCUUCUAAACUGCUGCGCUUUUACGAGUGGUCUGUUAAAAAUACAGAUUUUGAUUUGUUGCUAAAAACUGACGAUGACUGUUAUAUUGACAUGGAUGCUAUGGUAAAGAAGAUAGAGCACAAAGGCUUGAAAAGAAGGAAUUUUUGGUGGGGAAAUUUCAGGCAGAGCUGGGCAGUGGAUCGGACUGGGAAGUGGCAGGAGCUAGAGUAUGCAAGCCCUGCCUACCCAGCCUUUGCCUGUGGCUCAGGUUAUGUUGCUUCUAAAGACCUCAUACAGUGGCUGGCAAACAACAGUGAAUACUUGAAGUCAUACCAGGGUGAAGAUGUCAGUAUGGGAAUUUGGAUGGCUGCUGUUGGACCUCAUAAAUUUCAGGACAGUAGCUGGUUGUGUGAGAAGGAGUGCCAGGCAGACAUGCUCUCCUCCCCUCAAUACUCUGCAGAGGAGUUGACUGAACUGUGGAGCAGGAGAGUGUCCUGCGGGAAUCCGUGUGCUUGUCAGGAAGAUCGAGGCUGAGUUAGUGAGCAGGUGCUACGGCAACAUGAAUAAACAUGUAUUUAAAAUCCAAAGAUGAGAUGCACGCUCCAGAAUGGACCGGUUUGAUCUGAUCAAACUAGAUGGGGGAGGUGUGAAGGGUAGGGCUUUAAUACUUAUGUUAAGUCAAACCUAGAUGGAUUUCAGAAUGAGCCUACAAAAUAUAGAUGGGAUUCCAUCAGAGUGGUAACCACAACCAGCAUUUUUAGCUUUGGUGUCUGCAAAUGAACAGUACAUCCUGAUAUACACCAUCAAGUAAUGUUAUUUUCCCCAUACAAACUUGGGUAUCACUUUAAAAUAAGUGUCUGUUCAUGAUUAUUUUAUGUGUAUUAAGGGAAAUGUUAUGAAGUCAUGCUUGUGACUUUUGAAUUCAAUGGGAAUUCAAUUUGAAAUCAGUAGGAAAUCACGUUAGUUACAUUGGAAUUAGACUCUUAUUUUAAAGUUUACCCAAACUUGUCUUGAGCCUUACUAUAGAAAAGAGCUGUAGAGAAGGAUCAUAUGCUUGUUCUCGUGGUGUAAAUAUUUGCUUUGUUUUUAACCAAACAACUGGGAUGAAAAACCUGCAGUUUACAGGUAUGCUUUGUAUGGAUCUGACCUUUCCUUGCAAGUAGCUGCAGUGUUUUAUUUAAAACAAACUACCCAACCUACUAAGAAACGUAGCCAUGAUUCAAACCAACCCUUUUUAUUUUUAUAUUGUAAACUAGUCAAUUAAAUACAUUUAGUGAAGAGAGUAGGGGAUAAAUACUAUUGGUAUUGAGAUUUUCAAGUGACUGCAGCUAUGAAGAGUGAAACUGUUUUGUUGGUUAUAAUUUGUUCAAUUUUGCAUUGACUAGCUAGCCGCCCCUUUAGCUUGGUGAUAAAAUGGCUGAUGCAUUAAGAACUGUGUGUGUCCAAUGGCUAUCUAAAGAAACAAUCAUGAAAUAAAAACGUUAAACAAACAUAUUUCAUGUAUUUUAACCAACAGGUGUCAAUAAAAUAAAGCUACACUACUAUGACGUGAAUGCCUUUAUCUAAAACCCAGUUACUUUAAAAUCAGAUUAGGGUCUCCCGAGUGGUGCAUCCGGUAAAGGUGCUCCGCGUGGAUUGCAGGAUGCGCCCUAUAGCCUGGACGUCACCAGUUUAAGUCCAGGAUAUUCCAUUGCCUCAGCUCACUGUGCACCAGCGACCCCUGUGGUCUGGCCAGACUCCUGCGGGCUUGCCUGUAAGCUGCCCAGAGCUGUG